UAUAAGUCGCGCUAAUAUGUUUUAUUUAUUCGAUUGCUUUUUCGUUUCUAGCAACAGCACUUUGACUGACACAGGCUAACCUGCGCCGCGUCAAAAGAUCGGCUGCAGGGAGAGUGUAUAGUUCAUUGGAGCAUCUUUCAAUAUCCAAACACCAUCACUGGUUUAACCCCCACAGUAAUGAUUUGUUUCUCUUGCAUAUCUAGAAGUAGCCGGACUUCGCGGCAGCAAAUUGUUCAGAGUGAUGAAGCUACAGAUAUUGCGGGGAUUGAGAAUGUGAAAAUCUUUUCCUACAAGGAAUUGAAUAGCGCCACCGAAAACUUUUCUCCUGGUAAUAAAAUUGGUCAGGGUGGUUUUGGUUCCGUAUACAAGGGGAAACUCAAAAAUGGUUCAGUUGUUGCUAUUAAGGUUCUCUCCUCCGAGUCAAAGCAAGGGACGCGAGAAUUUUUGAAUGAGCUUAGCACGAUAGCAAAUAUAGUGCACGAGAAUCUUGUUACCCUAUAUGGUUGCUGUGUCGAAGGAAAUCGGAGGAUUUUGGUCUACAAUUAUCUUGAGAAUAACAGCCUCGCAGAAACUCUCCUUGGUGGAAACCGCAGCAACAUCCAGUUUAGCUGGCGAACACGAACAAAUAUUUGCAUUGGAGUCGCCCGUGGGCUCGCUUUCCUUCAUGAGGAAGUCAAACCGCAUAUCGUGCAUCGAGAUAUCAAAGCAAGUAAUAUACUUCUCGAUAUGGAUCUCACUCCUAAAAUUUCAGAUUUCGGUUUAGCGAAACUCUUCCCAGAUAGUAUGACGCAUGUGAGCACUAGAGUUGCUGGAACGAUAGGUUACCUGGCGCCGGAGUAUGCUAUUCAUGGAAAAUUGACAAAGAAGGCGGAUAUUUACAGCUUUGGUGUUCUUCUGUUGGAAAUAGUUAGCGGCAGGUGUAACACAAAUACCAGAUUGCCUUAUGAAGAUCAAUUUCUUCUGGAAAGAAUAUGGGCAUUGUACGAGCAUGGUGAGUUGGUGAAUAUCGUGGACACUUCCCUGAACGGCGAUUUCAAUCCGGAGGAAGCUUGCAGGUUCUUGAAGGUCGGCCUCAUUUGCACCCAAGACGCGCCAAAAGUGAGACCCACCAUGUCAACAGUCAUCAAGAUGCUCACCGGCGAGACCGACACCGACAUGGAGAUCAUGAAGCCAGGCCUGAUCUCGGACUUCAUGGACCUAAAAGUUCGCACCCAUAAACCCAUUGGGCUAAAUGUAGGCUUACCCUGAUCUCAUGAUCUUAAAUGGGUCUUAGUGUUUAAGCCCCGAAGGCAAUUUUGCUUAAGGUCUUCAUUGGAGGAUAAACGAUUAACUACGACCGCAGUGAGAUAGCAAAAGCAAGGGUUAAAAGAAAAUAGAAAGAAAUAGGUAAACUUCAUUAACAGUCCCUAUUUUGUUGUACAUUUUCACAUUUGUUUUCUGUGGCUUCGCUUGUGUAAUUAAUUAAUUUGUACUGAGAUCGAAGACAGUGGUCACUGCUGUGAAAUUCAUUAUAUCACAAGGUCCAUAUUUGGAAGUUUACCCUGAAAAUAUGAAAAGCACUCCCAAUGAACUUUUUUGAUUCUGA